AUGUUACUGCGGGAGAAACGGGCGGUCCAGCCUCAGUCAGAUCAACUUCCUCUGAUGCAAAAGCCUGGGAAGUGUCCCCAGCACCUCAGAGCCGUCGGGAGCCGGCCGUUUGUGAACACCGUGGCUUCCUGGGCAGAAUUUCGGUGCCCUUUCUGCUGGAUCACCUCAGGGAAAGUGAGCCUCACGAGGCUCUCCAAAGCCUCGCUUAUAGGUCUAAAUGAGCCCUGGAGAAAUGAAGAAGAUCCUUUUAUUGAUUUUGUUCCAGACCAGACUGGGCCUCAGUUGUCAGAGGUAGUGCUGGAGGUGUGUCCAAUACAGGAGCCAAAUUGUUCGAGAAGAAUGAUGACCAUAGAUCUGAAGGUGGCUGAGUACUUGAACCCUCAAAUCAGGACUCUGUGGGAGACCAAGGGACCUGUGACAGGGAGCUCCAGUCAGCAUAAGAAAUAUGCCCCCCAAACGGACAGUCCCAGUCCUGAGAGGUCUCACCAGCACUUCCGGAGCUUCCUCUAUCAUGAAGCAGCUGGACCCCGUGAGGCUGUUGACCAGCUUCUGGAAUUAUGCCGUCGGUGGUUGAGGCCAGAGAUUCAUUCAAAAGAGCAGAUCUUGGAACUUGUGGUGCUAGAGCAGUUCCUGUCCAUUCUGCCCAGGGACACCCAGACCUGCAUAAAGAAGCACCAUCUACAGAGCAUUGAGGAGGCUGUGGUCCUGGUAGAACACUUGCAGAGGGAAUCUGGUCAAACGAGGAAUGGGGUUGCAGACCAUGAGCUGGGAAAGGAGGCAGUGCUCUUGGGAGAGACAGCAGAGGCCCCAGGCUUCAAGCUGAAGCCAGCAGAGGCCCAGCAAGUGGGCAUGUCCCAGGAUGAAGAAUUUUGGAAUACACACCAGAGUCUACAAGAGCUGCUGAUCAGGAAUAGCCACAAAGACACUGAGCCCGUAUGUGAGAGGGAAAUGAGCCUAGGAUAUUCAGAAACAGAAGCGAGAGAGAUUUCCUGUGGCUCUCCUUCACCCACAGCGGUGUCUGCUCACCGGAUCCUAGCCUUUCCUGAGCAGACAAACACCAAAGACUGGACAGUGGCACCUGAGCUCAUCUUGUCUGAGUCCCAGAGUUUGUUGACAUUUGAAGAAGUGGCCAUGUAUUUUUCCCAAGAAGAAUGGGAGUUACUGGAUCCCACUCAGAAGGCCCUCUACAAUGAUGUAAUGCAAGAAAACUAUGAGACUGUCAUCUCUCUAGCAUUAUUUGUGCUCCCCAAACCUAAAGUGAUCUCCUGUCUAGAGCAGGGGGAAGAGCCGUGGGUUCAAAGCUCCCUGGAGUUCAAGGACAAUUCUGGAGAGCUGCCUACAGGGCUAAAGCUCAAAAAUGACACUGAAGAUCUUCAGCCUCUAUGUCUUUCUGACUUAGAAAUACAAGCACCAGUAGAUAUAGCAUCAAAAAAGGCCAGAUUGAAAGUCCCCCAGAAAACAAUGGGCAAAGAAAAUCAUGGUGAUAUGCAUAAGGUGGGGAAAUGGCACCGAGAUUUUCCAGUGAAGAAAAAAAAGAAACUUUCAAGCUGGAAACAAGAGCUGCUGAAACUUAUGGAUCUUCACAAAAAAGAACGUGCAGGAGAGAAGCCUUUUAAAUGCCAGGAAUGUGGGAAAAGCUUCAGAGUUAGCUCUGACCUUAUUAAGCACCAAAGAAUUCACACUGAAGAGAAACCAUAUAAAUGUCAGCAGUGUAAUAAGAGGUUUAGGUGGAGUUCAGAUCUUAAUAAGCACUUAACAACACACCAAGGGAUAAAACCAUAUAAAUGCUCAUGGUGUGGGAAAAGCUUCAGUCAAAAUACAAAUCUCCACACACACCAAAGAACUCACACUGGAGAGAAGCCCUUUACAUGUCAUGAAUGUGGAAAAAAAUUCAGUCAAAAUUCCCACCUUAUUAAACACCGGAGAACUCACACAGGUGAGCAGCCUUAUACCUGUAGCACAUGCAGGAGAAACUUCAGCAGACGCUCAAGCCUUCUUAGACACCAGAAACUCCACCAGUAA